AAGUAAGUUGGCAGCACUAGUCUAAUUUGUAAGAUUAUUUGGCUGCGUUAAUCCAAGAUCAUGUCCAGUGGAAAUCGCUUCAAGAAAUCCAAUGCCUAUGGCUCCAGGGGCCACAGCAAGGAUGACGAGGACUACAUAGUGGAAAAAUUUAUCGGGAAACGCUUCCUGCGAGGACGUGCCCAAUAUUUAGCCAAAUGGGAGGGCUAUGCGGAGGAGGAGAGUACCUGGGAGCCCAUGGAAAAUUUAGGCAAUUGUGCGACGCUGGUUGCCGAUUAUGAAGCGGAGCUUUUUAAGCGGAAUAUGGAGCAAAAACGUUUAAAUAACUAAAAAGAAUGCUUAUUAUGUACUUUGCGGGCAAAUAAAAGAUAUGUAAUUGUGUAU